UGUUUAGAAUAUCUAUUUUUGAAACUGAAAUGUGAAACUGUCUAUACUUUUCCCCCUGUUUUUGAUUUUAUCAUGAGCAUAUCCUCUUGAUUAUAUCUGAUUAUUGCUCAUUUGAUGAUAUUUCACACAUUUAACAACAUUUCACCUCAGUUUUGUAGGUAUUUGACAUUAUUUUCCUUUGAAAACUGAAGUCUAGACUAAAACAGUAAUAGUCUCCAUGUGAGAGUGAAUGUCAAUAUCAACUUCAAAUCACCAGCUAUCAACUUAUCAGCUACAACACCACUGAGCAUUAAGAAGAGGGACUUCCUGAGGAGGAUUUGUACGAAGAUGGAUGAAUUCAAGAGUAUAAAAAUCUAUGCAAACCUGGGCACCGAAUUUACUGCUGAGGAUCUGCUCAACAUCUGCUCACCUUUUGGAUACGUGGUUAGAGUUCAGAAAAUAGUGAAAAAUGGACUCACACAUGGUGUGGUGACCUAUUCUAAUGCUGAUGAUGCCUUUGGGGCCAUGAUGAAGCUAUGCGGCAGACCAGAUUUCUUUGUGGGGUAUUUAUACCAGGAGGGAGCCAGAGAGACCUAUGAGAAUAAAAGACCAGAAAGUCCAAGUGAACAUCAAUGUCUCCCACAAGAUGAGUUCAGUGACAUGCCGCCACCAACACUGCCUAGUCUGCUGGACACACUGAAUCCACCAGCUCACAGCCAGAGUGUGUGUCUUCGUGUUCAUAACUUGCCCAAACAUAUGAAUGAAAAGUACCACGUGCUCAGCCUCCUCCCUGCAUAUGCAACCCUUGUGAAGGUUCCAGACGUCUGUGUGUUUCCUUUGCACACGCAGGAGGUGAGACAAGGCCUCCGCCAAGGGCAGCACACAGAAAAGGCCAUAAAAAGCACCAAGGUCUGCUCUAAAUCCCCAGUGUACUACAGGAUCUCUGACACUGAUAGAGACAGAGCAGCCAGCCAGUUAAGAAUAUGUUCAAAACACACAGAAAUAUAGUAAAAUUAAUUAAAUACUUGUAUCCCUGC